AUGAAAAUUUUAACAAAAGAAGAGAAACAGGCACAUAUAUCUCACGUUUUGGCCGAAGGUGCCAAAGGUAUUGCAUAUGGUGGUGUAGUGGCAUUCGGUCUUUUCUCGUAUUUGAAGCACAGACAUCCACUCAGAUUCAAAAAAAUGAAUGCUUCUGUUAAGUCUGCCAUUAUGAUCAUGCCAACUAUAGGUGUAGCUGCAUUCUUUGCUGAUCAAGGAUCUUGGGAAUUUGAUAAAAUGAUGCACCAAUCUGAAUAUCAAGAAGCCAAACUUUUAGAAGAAUUCCGUCAAUGGAACAACAUGUCUAUGAGUGAUAAAAUCUUCACCUCAUUAAACAGUAAUAAAUAUCCUAUCAUUAUCAGUGCUUGGGCUGCUUCCUUGUAUGGAUCAUGGGUAUUGGUUAACAAAGACAAAAUCAUGACCACUGCGCAAAAGGCUGUUCAAGCUAGAAUGUACGCACAAGGUAUUACAAUUAUCUUGUUACUUGGUACCAUUGUGUUAUCAAUGAGAGAUGCAGAAAUCAAGAAAUCCCAACCUGCCCCAAUGCCUGAAUGGAAAAAAGUUCUUUUGCAACAAGAAGAAGCAGACAAGAGAGCCCUCGAAGAAUUCAGAUUGAAAAAAGAAGCCGAGAAGGCUGCCGCCGCUGCCGCUGCCGCUGCUACUACCGUUACUGCCAAGCAGGAUUAA